UAACAGGGUGCCGUCACCGGGAGAUUGAGCGUCUGCUUAACACAUGAUGUUCAAGGACUACAGAUCUGCUCGAGCUGCAGAGUGUAGAUCUCACGGCAGAGAAAGGAUUUGUUGGCAAGAUCUCUGCUGCACACCUGAUAAGGCUGUCAGUGUCCCCACGAGAGGCUGCUUCUCAAUAAUAAGAGGUCUGAAUCCGCUGCCCUUUGACCCUGCCGCGAACAACGAACCCCUGCAAUUCAACGGCUCCAAUGGUCCUCUGGUCUCUGACUGUCCUCUGGAAAACGGAACAGAAAACAGCAAAAAGAGGAAGAGACCCAACCUUCCUCCAGAGGGGCUCAGAAAUAUCGCCAUGGACUCCAACUCUUUAGCGAUGCCCAUGUCAGACCCUAAUGCUUGGGCGACUGCCAUGAACAACCUCGGGAUGGCCCCCAUGAGCAUGACUGGACAACCUAUCAUGUCAGAUUUUGACCCAAGCCUCGGCAUGAUGACUGGAAUUGCUCCGAUGAACCCCAUGAUGCCCGGCCUUGGGAUUGUUCCCCCGCCGGUUUCGCAAGACAUGCCCAUCAUGAAGGAAAUCAUCCACUGCAAGAGCUGCACUCUUUUUCCGCCCAAUCCCAAAAUCGGUCAGGAUGCCACCUUAGAAGUCAACUGGCUCUGUAGGCAGCAAGGCAGCUCACUAGACCUGCCUCCCCCUGCCACCAGAGAGAGACCGCCCGGCUGUAAGACGGUGUUUGUGGGCGGUUUACCAGAGAACGCCACAGAGCAGCUCAUUGUAGAGGUGUUCGAACAGUGCGGGAGUAUCAUCGCCAUCCGCAAGAGCAAGAAGAACUUCUGUCACAUCCGCUUCGCUGAGGAGCACACAGUGGACAAGGCCCUCUUCCUGUCAGGUUAUAGGAUCAGGCUGGGAUCAAGCACAGAUAAGAAGGACACAGGCCGGCUGCAUGUAGAUUUUGCUCAGGCUCGAGAUGACCUGUACGAGUGGGAGUGCAGACAGCGCAUGCUGGCCCGGGAAGAGAGGCACCGGCGCAGGAUAGAAGAGGACCGUCUGCGGCCCCCCUCGCCGCCCCCCAUCGUUCAUUUCUCUGAGCACGAGUGCAGCCAGUUAGGAGAAAAGCUCAAAGACGACUCUAAAUUUGCCGAGGCCGUGCGUGUCCUGCUGACCUGGGUGGAACGAGGGGAGGUAAACCGCAGAAACGCCAACAACAUCUAUUCCAUGAUCCAGUCCUCCAGCAGCCACAUUCGCCGGCUGAUGAACGAGAAGGCCGCACAUGAGAAGGAGAUGGAGGAGGCCAAGGAGAAGUUCAAAAAUGCCCUUGCUGGGAUUUUAGUACAAUUUGAGCAGAUUGUGUCUGUAUUCCACGCUGCUUCCAAACAAAAGGCAUGGGACCAUUUCUCCAAAGCCCAGCGCAAGAACCUGGACAUGUGGCGAAAGCAAGCAGAGGAGAUCAGAAACAUCCACAACGAAGAGCUGAUGGGUAUUCGGAGGGAGGAGGAAAUGGAGAUGUCGGAUGAUGACAUGGAGGACGCCCCGGAAAGCAAGGAUUCGGAUGAUUCAGGGCCGCUGGCUCAGGUGGAGGCUCUGAAAGAAGAGAACGACAGUCUGCGGUGUCAGCUGGAUGCCUACAGGAAUGAGGUGGAGCUUUUGAAGCAGGAGCAGGGUAAAGCGCAGCCCCAGCGCAGCGAGGAGGAUGCCACCCGCCAGCAGCAGCUCAGCUUCCUGCAGCAGGCUCUGCAGGGCAUGCAGAAGCUGGAGACGGCCGAGCGGGAGGACAGAGGAGGCGAGGAAAGCACCAGUCACGCCAGCGAGGCGGCGGCGGCUGUGGUGUCCUGCAGCCAGGAGAAGGAGAGCCUGCCGGAGAAAGGGCCUCCCAGCCCGGUGAAGUCAGAGAGAGAGGCUCUGCUCGUGGGAAUUAUCUCAACGUUUCUUCAUGUCCAUCCUUUUGGAGCCAGCAUCGAAUAUAUCUGCUCCUAUUUACAGCGGCUGGACACCAAGAUCAGCACCACAGAGGUGGAGACUCUUCUGGGUCGGCUGCCCUGCACGUUUAAGCAGGAGUUGACAGGCGUCGGGGCGAGUCUGGAGAAACGCUGGAAGUUCUGUGGGUUUGAGGGCAUUAAGACGGCGUAGAGACACGGGUCGGGGUUCCCGCUAGAAAAACAAAAACGGCUGAUGGACCGGAGGGGUCACAACCAAUCACCUGCCAGCUCUCCGCGUCCAUCCGCCGCCCCUCUAGACACUCUAGACCUGGAGAUCCUCAAGACUUUGGUGUGUGUGUGUAGUAUGAUUUAGUAUGUGUACACACGAGCACACUUCGGCCUGUGUGUUUAUGUGCAGCACGUGAACGGACCGUACGCUUGUACAACACAACGGAAAACUCAUCGGGUAAAAAUCAGGGUUUGCUGAACCGAGGACUUGAACUGUCAACAUACAUUUUCUUGUUUCACCUCUGAUUU